GUGACGCCUGCGAAGAUGGCUGCUGCUGCUUCCUUGGAUUCCGACAGCUGCGUAGCUCAGAGCAAUGAGGCCAAUUCGAAAUGGCUGGACGCGCACUACGACCCCGUGGCCGACAUCCACACGUUUUCAGCCUGCCUGGCGCUGGCAGAUUUGCACGGGGACGGGGAGUACAAGCUGGUGGUGGGAGACCUUGGCCCGGGUGAACGGCAGCCCCGUCUGAAGGUACUCAAAGGACCAACAGUGCUGACAGAAAGCCCACUGCCUGCACUGCCAGCUGCUGCUGCCACCUUCAUUAUGGAGCAGCAUGAGCCCCGAACUCCAGCUCUAGCGCUCGCUUCAGGCCCUUGUGUCUAUGUGUAUAAGAAUCUUAGACCCUACUUCAAGUUCAGCCUGCCCCAGUUGCCUCCAAACCCUGUGGAACAAGACCUUUGGAAUCAAGCCAAAGAGGACCAGAUAGACCCCUUAACCCUGAAGGAGAUGCUGGAGGGGAUCAGGGAGAAGGCAGAGGUGCCUUUGUCUGUACAGUCACUCAGGUUUCUGCAGCUGGACCUAAGUGAAAUGGAGGCGUUUGUGAACCAGCACAAGUCCAAGUCCAUCAAGCGGCAGACAGUCAUCACCACCAUGACCACCUUGAAGAAGAACCUGGCUGAUGAUGAUGCUGUGUCCUGCCUGGUCCUGGGCACUGAGAACAAGGAGAUCCUAGUCCUUGACCCUGAGGCCUUCACCAUUUUAACCAAGAUGAGCCUUCCUGGUGUCCCUGUCUUCCUGGAGGUUUCAGGCCAGUUUGAUGUGGAGUUCCGGCUUGCAGCUGCCUGCCGCAAUGGGAGUGUCUACAUCCUAAGAAGAGACUCCAAGCGCCCCAAGUACUGCAUCGAGUUGAGCGCCCAGCCCGUGGGGCUUGUCCGGGUACACAAGAUCCUGGUGGUGGGUAGUACCCAACAAAGCCUGCAGGGCUUCACUUACAAGGGUAAGAAGCUUUGGACAGUGCAGUUACCUGCAGCCAUCCUGACCAUGAAUCUCCUGGAACAGCACUCCCGGGGUCUGCAGGCUGUCAUGGCUGGACUGGCCAAUGGAGAGGUCCACAUUUAUCGCGACAAGGCCCUGCUCAAUGUCAUCCAUACCCCGGAUAUGGUGACUAGCCUUUGCUUUGGCCGAUACGGGCGAGAGGACGACACCCUCAUCAUGACUACUAAAGGUGGUGGCUUGAUCAUCAAGAUCCUGAAGCGAACAGCAGUGUUUGUGGAGGGGACAGGUGAAGUGGGCCCCCCGCCAGCUCAGGCCACGAAACUUGACGUGCCCAGAAAGACUCGGCUCUAUGUGGAUCAGACCCUGAGAGAGCGGGAAGCUGGCACUGCCAUGCACCGGGCCUUCCAGACAGACCUCUAUCUGCUGCGCCUCCGGGCUGCUCGUGCGUACGUGCAGGCUCUCGAGUCCAGCCUGAGCCCCAUGUCAGCCACAGACCGGGAGCCGCUCAAACUGCAUGCUGUGGUUCAGGGCCUGGGCCCCACGUUUAAACUCACACUUCACCUGCAGAACACCUCAACAGCCCGCCCCAUGCUGGGGCUGCUGGUCUGCUUCUUAUACAACGAGGCACUCUAUGCCCUGCCCCGGGCCUUCUUCAAGGUCCCGUUGCUGGUGCCAGGGCUUAGCUACCCUCUGGAGACCUUUGUGGAGAGUCUCAGUAGCAAGGGCAUCUCAGACAUGAUCAAGGUGCUGGUGCUACGAGAAGGGCACAGCGCACCCCUGCUGAGCGUCCACAUCAGCAUGCCUGUGAGCGAGGGGCUGGUGGCUGCCUGAGCCCUGGGCCAGUCUUCAAGCCCCUGAAGAAUGGAGCCAGCCAGAUCCAGCCACUUCCACUGUGCUGGGAAGGUCUUGUUGCACCAGGCCACUCCCUACACAGUGUGCUGGGGCUCCAGCUUCCUGCUCCUCUUCAAAACCAACCCUUGCUGGCCACUAGGCCUGAGCACCAUCUCAAGUGAGUGCCCAGGCUCAGCCCUUCCUUCCUCAGGACCACCUAGGCACUGUCCCACAGCUCCUGCUGCCCACCACCCUCCCCAAUUCCUUCUAGAAGCCUCACCAGCUCUGGAAUGGUCAAGGUGAGAUGAAGAGAGGCCUAGCUUCUCUGCUUCCCUAAGGUAUGCCACUUAUCUGCUACAGGUCAAAGCCAGGUUUAUGCCAGCGCCUGGCUGGGAAAUCAAGGCCCUGUCAUCCCCUGGGGUUCCAGAGGCAGGGCUGCUGCCAGCUCAAGUUGCAGGUAAAGCACUGAGCCAAUUUCCCCUCCUCAGUUGAGCCAGAGGCUCUGCUUUGCCACCCCGCAGCCCAGGAAAGAGAUGCCUCCCUCAGGACAUUUUUCCAAGUCUUAGACUCACCACCACCUCAGGCCUCUGAAGCCCAUAAAGGUUGCCAAGAGAGGAAGUGUGGUGCAAGAGGGCAGAGAGGGGGUCCAUGCAGAAGACCACAUAGCACAUAGCAGCAGCCACUCCACACCUGGAUGCCUAUUCCCAGAGAGAGUAUCCCUGGAGAAGAAAGCCAGGCUAGAUAGUAGAAGGGAGCCAGUAGCACCUGAACAGGCAUUUCUGGGGCCUGAAGAGGUGACCAGGAGGCAGACUCCCGGAAGUGCCCAUCAGGGUGCCCUUCUGCACCUGGGAGCUAAGUCCUGUAGGUGGAAGUUCUCUGGUCAGUGGCCCGAGUAUGACAGAAUUCACUAGAAAGGCACUGACAAGAGGCAUGGAGCGGAGCUGAAGACUGAGUGAAGACAUGGGUUUAGACUCCAAGGUCUCUAGACCUCGGACUUCUUCACAGCCACCCUGAACCGCUUGGGAAUCUGGAUCUUUGUUCCUUGAGGACCUACAUCUUCCCCUGCCUGACCAGGUCUGGCACACAGCUUGGGCUUGCAGGAGGUAACCAGAUCCCCUGGACUUCAGCCUCCCCCCGCGUAGAAUAGGUAUUUGGCUAGAUUGCUUCUAAGCACUUUGAGCUCUAACACCCACUGAGCUUGGCAGCCCUUUGGGAGGACAUGAGGAGUUGGCCCAGAAAUGUGAUGCUUGUCAGCAGUACCUGCCCAAGCUUUUGCCCUCAAGACAAGGGCCCCAAGUUGGUCACCUCUGCCCAGGAACAGCCUCGGUGCCCAAGUCACAGGGACAAGGGGACACACCCUACUCUGACCCUCCCAAAAUGUCCAGGGCCAGAUUAAGAUGCAAGGAAUCUGGACCAAAGAGAGCCCAUCCCCCUUCCCACAAGCCAAGUCAUUCACAGAUCUGGACCACCUGGGCCAGGAUGGCAAAGGGUUUCUUUAUCAAGCCAGAUGAGGCUCCGCUGGAACAAGCAGGAAGUACAACCACGACAUGGAAGAUCAUGGGGUGGAGGGAAUGUCGCUCAGAGACAGCAGCAACCUGCAGAACUUACUGGAGAUGGAAGGGCCGGCAGAGAAGGUGAUGAGCCCUCUGUCACUAUAGUUGUACGGGUGGGGACCAGGCUGUAACAGGGCAGGAUUGCGCAGUGGGCCAGAUGACCUUCUUAUCCCUUUCACCCCAGUGAAACUGUAAUGCACUGUAAACUGUGCGAACUCAGAACAAAAACACCAAUGUGCACUCUCUUCAUAGCUAUUGACGAUGAAAGAGGAGAUUGAUACCAGCCCCUCCCAUGAGUUUAUAUAAAGUGACUGCAUUGUCAUUACUAAGAAAUGCAUGAAAGGCCCCUGAUGGACAAGAGAACAUAAAGGAAUACAAAGCAGAAAACAGUGCAGGGCACCCAGUGCAUGCAGUAGCGGGAGCUCCAGGAAAUUGGGUACAGUAGGAUGAGGAGAGCUAGGCACUGGUGGAAGGCUGAGAUUGGGAGGAUCAUGACUUAAGGCCAGCCCAGGCAAAUAGUGCAUAUAAC